AAAAUGUCAUAGAUGUAACAUUUGUAAAAGAAGAGUGGCUAAUAAAUUAUUCACCUGUUAUAUCCAAUAAAUACGGAAAUAAAACAGCCGAAGAUAAUUAGAAUAAGCUUCCAUGUGUACUCGUCGGAGGCGGAGGUGGAGUUUGCAGCGAAGAUAAGAUCUUUGCGAACGGUGCAACUCUUUAAUUGCAGAAGUUAAUUACUGCGUACCACACAGUGCAAUAACGAUGACGACCGUAGACACGCAGACCGAUAAAACUUUAUGUCAUCUCGAUAAACUUCAGAGCACGGAGUUAGCGGAGAUUUCGCCCAGUUGUGGAUUUCACGAUGAAAUCAGUCCAUUGGAGACUCAGGUAGCCGGACAUCCGUCUGACGACAAACGACGCAUGAUUGGUAUGUUGCGCAGGCCGGAUGGUCGUGUACUUAAACCUGUCGUUAAACCAUUACUCGGAAAAAGGGAAAUUGCAUUCUACGAGAGCUUAGAAGAAUCUGAAGAUCCUGUUAUGUUGCAGUUAAAGAAUUAUGUGCCAAAAUAUUAUGGUACAACAGAGUUACAAAUCUUUGGCAAACGAGUAACAUUUCUUACGCUGAAAGAUAUUAUCGAUGGUAUGGCAGAACCAUGUGUGAUGGAUAUAAAGAUAGGUAGACGUACCUGGGAUCCUUUAGCCACGCCGCAAAAAAGGGCCACGGAAGAAUUAAAGUAUGCCGAAUCUAAACGAACUUAUGGAUUUUGCAUAACUGGAUUUCAAGUAUAUUGUCUCUCGUCUGGACAAUUAAAAAAGUUUGGCAAACAUUAUGGCAAGACACUUGAUGCCAAAGGUGUCAUAGAAGCACUGAAAAUGUUCCUGAACAUAAGUCCAGCAAGACCGCCCUGCCGUCAAUUGAUCGUGCAGCUUCUCUCUUUCCUGUGGAAGAUCUUGCUAUUCUUUCGUACCCAGCGGUUGUUCCGCUUUUAUUCUAGUUCUCUGUUGGUGGCGUAUGACGCGAAAAGACUACAACAUUAUCUACGUCUGAACGAAACGAAUACCAGAAGAUCGACCAGUCACGUGGCCAAUUCGUUUCCCGCCACGAGCAAUCAUGCAACCGUAUCGAAUGUGUUCAGAGACGUGAACGAAGGUACCUGCAAUACAAUCAUCGCCGAUACGAACAGAAACCGAACGAUGGAGAGGGUUCAUUUCAUUAAGCGGAGUAUCAGCUUAAGAAGCGACAGCGGGACGACGGGGAGAGAAAAAACAUUGAACAGGAGCGGGUCCUGUAGUCCAGACUUUAGAGUCGAUCGGUUUUGUCACACGCAUUCUUACAUCAACAAUUUUGACGACGACAUUAUUAAGAUGAGGGAGGAUUACAACGAUCUAUUGAGCAAUCUCAGUAGUUCCUCAGAGGAGAAGCUGAACUGGGUUAGGAUUAAUAUGAUCGACUUCACGCACGUCUUCCCAGCAGAGGAUCGGAAUACGUUGGAUUUAAAUUAUUUGGAAGGGAUUGAGAAUUUGAUUAAGCUCGUGGAGAUGUUUCUGGUCCCAAAGGAUAACGCCGCAUAAUUAUAUUUGUAGUAUCGUAGAAGUUGAUGUUACUCGCUCCAUUUUAAAUUACA